AUGGCACCCACAGGAGUGAGAACCUUGAAGCCUGGCGUGGCUGUGGUGGCUGUGGGCGUCAGCGGGGCCCUUCCUGUCAGACACCCUUUGCCCUGUGGGGCCGACCCCCUGCUUGAGUAUGGGGCUCGGGCUGGAUGCUCCUCCUUGCCCAGCAUCGGCUGCACCCCGUGCCGAGAACUAGGGUACGGUCCCUGGGCCGCGCCGCGAUUGGCCGCGCUCGGCCCCCGCGGGACUGCCCGGCUGCGGGGCGGCGCGGGCGGCGGGGUGCGGGGUGCGGGGGGCCGGGCGCGACCCCGACCCGGGGGCGAUGCCGCUCCCUGCGCGCUCUGCCUGGGUCUCCUGGCCACCGCCACCCACGCCGGCCACUCGGGGGACCGCUGCAGCUGGAGCCGCAGCGGCCUGACCCAGGAGCCGGGCAGCGUGGGGCCGCUGCCCCCGGCCUGCUCGGAGGGCGUGAUCCAGUGGCUACCGGCCGGGGCGCUGCGCCUGACGCUGGCCGGCUCCGGCUCCGGCUCCGGCCCGCGCUCGGGCCCCGCCUGCCUGCGGCCGGCGCGGUCCUUCGCAGGCGCCCAGGUCUUGGCGGAGCGGGCGGGCGGCGCCCUGGAGCUGCUGCUGGCGGAGGGCCUGGGCCCGGCGGGGGGCCGCCGCGUGGCUUCCUUCCGCUUCCAAGUGCACGAGGACAGGUAUCCAGAGCCGCCCGCGCAGGCGCACGGCCUUGGUGCCGACGGGGUGUGCAGGCCCUGCAGUGACACCGAGCUCCUGCUGACUGCGUGCACCAGUGACUUUGUGAUCAACAGAACCAUCCACGGGGUUGCCCACAACGCAGAGCUGCAGGAAUCGGUCAUCACGGUGGCCGCUGCGCGUGUCCCCCGCCAGACUCCGCCACUGUUCCUGGUGGGGGCACCCGGGGGCCCGGUGCAGGCCUCCAUUCACACCCCGCUGCUCUGCGGCGUCCGUCCUGGCCCCGGCACCUUCCUCUUCACAGGCUGGAGCCGCUCUGGUGAGGCCUGGCGGGGCUGUGCACCCCGCUUCCAGGAAUUCAGCCAUGCCUACGCGGCCGCCUGUGCCCACCGCCUCCACGCCCGUGAGCUGGCACUGGACUGA